AUGCAGCUAAUUGCAGUUGGGGUACUCAUAAGUCUGGCGCUCGGCUGCAGUGCAGCCAUAAGUGGACCGUAUCUGUUUUGGGGUCACGACAAGGUAUUCAAUUUACAACCCCAAGCGUUAGUCGAUGCCAGUAGCAGGGAGCAGCCUCUGACGCAACUGUUCAAAGAUGUCAAGGCAAUAAUAAUUUUCGUGCGUAAUUCUACAAGCCGACUGGAGGGCACCAAGUAUCCCAAGUUUGAAAAUCUGGUGAAGAACAACGCGUGGACAUAUCUGCCGCAGCGCAACCUGCCCGUGGAGCCCUACAGCUACAACGCCAACAUUGAGGUCAUUAACCUAAGCGGACAGAGUGAUGAGGACGACGCUGAGCUGCUGACGGGCUACAAUGAUGCUCUAACCAUUUAUGGCCAUGGUGAGGUGUUAGGCAUUUUAGCCAGUCGCGAGGAAGAGGCUCAUUAUCUGGCCAAGCGUGAAGCCAAGGACGAGGCGAAGGAGGAGGACGCCAAUCGUGCCACGACCACACAGUCCACGCUCAUUGAGACUGAAGUGACCCAGGUUUACAUAGCAGAGGGCAACAAGGCUGUGCUAAUCUUGACCGGGCCGCCCGAGCUGCGCCUGAGCAACGAGACACUGCUGCUGGAGGAGCACAACAAGCACAUCACCUUCGAUGAUCAGCGCGCCAAGGGCUACGGUCGCCUGAGCAUCACCUUCAUGUACAACAGCGAGAAGUGCACGUUGCGCUUCAAGUUCUCGCUGCUGCGUGGCACCUGGCAUAUGCGCAACGUCGAGGUGGAGUACAGGGACUACAAGGCUGUGCUGCCGGCCAUUGGCAAUGAGUAUACGCUGCCAUCGGCGCCGCUUGGAUUCUCCUUCCGCUGCUCCUCCGAGGAGCUGCUCUUCUCCAACAGAAACACCAACGAGACUCAGAUGAACCUGGUGUUGUCCGACUACCAAGUGCAGCCCUGGCUUAACGGACGCAAAGAGUUCGGCGAUGUCUAUGACUGCGUUGGCUUCAUCACAUCACCAAUUUUGGCUGGCCUGCUCGUGACCGCCUUCCUGCUGGGCAUCCUCUCGUUGGGCAUCACGGCGAUGCUCAGCAUUCACACGCCCAAUCGAUUCGAGAGCUCCCGCAACAAACAGUUAACAUUCACCGUGCAGGAGUAAAGCUGCUAUCCGCCUGCGAGCGUGAAUCCCAAGCUGCUGCAACAUGUUUGCUCUGAUUACAUUUUCGCCUGUUAAUCCGCUGGCUUUGUUCACGUUGGCCAUCGAAUUGUUUCUCAUACAUCUACUCUUUGUGCUGAUUGUGCUCUAUAUAUAUGUGCUCUGGUAUUAUUAGUGAAGAGCCAUUCCAAUUAGACACAAAUAUAUCUAUAAUAUGAAUACUCAA